UGCUCAGGCCCCUGGAAAUGAGCUUCUGCACAAAGCAAACCAUGGCUACUUGUGAAAUGGGCGUAGAAUCUUCCUAUUGGCUGGACUGCAGUGGCAGGACCAAAGCACUGUGGUUUGCAGAAGGAGAGGAGCAGCAUCCAGGGCAUAAUUUAGCGGGACAGGGGGCUGAGGCAAACCCCCAGCUCUGAGCACACCUCGGUGUCUGGGCUCUUUGCAGCUUGGGUCUGCUGCUGGUUUCAAGGCUGCAUGCCCCACCUUUCCCAGCGCGGCUGCUCUUGGGCAGCACUGGAAUUCAGCCGUCAGGACUGAGUAGGGGCAGAGCAACUCUCAUGCAGUCUAGCCCCCCACGUGCGGGGUAAUAACAGCGUCCCAUUCGUGUCACACCCCGUCUGAGCCCUCUCUGUUCCCAGGUGAUCACCGGCCCUUGCUGCAGGUGGAGCGGCUGGGCUCUGCAGGGCAUGAGAACUGUGCAUCCCUUUUUCUUUUACACCAUGCUGAGGUCACGGCCAGAGGCUGGUCCGAGGCACUUGGUGCCAUUAAAUGGCCUGCAGCGUGUUACUAGCGACUAAAACGAAGGGUGAAGAUGGACCUUAACAGCCUGGCUUCAGCACGACACUUCAGGCCUGGCGUCCCGGGCCCCGACCGGCUUCCUGCACAGAACGUAGCUGCCAGCUGCCUAGCCAGGGUGCAGAGCGGAUAAAAGAGCGACAGACUUAAUUCCCCGGCCUGGCCCAUGCCAUGUACCAGAGCUCACGCCGCGCUGAUUGGACCACGUCUUACUGGCCACUGCUGGUUGGUGAGGCCAUUGGCUCAUGGAGCUGGGGGCAGGAGAAGCCUGCUGAGCACGUGGAAAGGAGGAGAGAAAUAACUGGGAAAAGCUGCUCCCAGCCAGGGGACUUGACAAGAUGUAAAAUCCUCCUCGCAAGGGAGAAAAUGCCCAGAGAAACCUCUAGUGAGAGCAGCCCCCAGCAGGUCCCAUAAUCUGCUCCAUCCUGCUCCCUGCCCUCUGCCACUGGAAUGGGCAAAGUACAGUGCAAGAAAGCCAGCAGAUCCAAGCCCCUGGCUGAAUCCCGGGGCCUGCUCCAGGAGCCAGCAAGGAGCUGCUUCCAGUUGCCAGGGCAGUGAGGAGGCAUUUGAGGUUGGCAUGGUGCUGAAUCAAAGUCCUUGCCUCUCCUUUCCCCAGGACCCACCCUGGUAUCCAUGGAGACCCUUCCAGCUGCAUUCCUGUGGCUUGCAGGGCUGCUGGCAGCAGGUGUCUGUUAGUGGAGCCGGGCGUCACCCGCACUGCAAGAGACCAGCAGAAACUCUCCAAGUGAGCAGCGAGCGAGCCACGGGCCGGGGAGCAGAGAGUGCCCCGAGCAGCCCUGUCCCCUGGGGUCUGCCCCAGCCCCCGCCCCAGCCCCAGGAGGAGGAACCUGGAGCAGGACAUGGCUGAGAAUUGUGCAAGUGGGGACGGCCCCCAGAGGAAUGUGAAAGCAACUUCCUGCUUCCUUGGCACCCGUUCUCAGUUCCCUCUUCCACCCUGCUAUAAACACGCCGGUUACAGCAGCAGGAUCGGAGGGGAGCAUCGGCCAGCAGCCAGCUCAGCACGGACGGUUCCGCCGCACUCCUGUAAGGAUGGCAACGCAUCGCCUGGCCCUGGCUGCCUCCGUGCUGGCCAUCUGCACGGUGCUCAGCAGGGCCACUAACCCCGGCUUUGUGGCCAGAAUCACUGUUAAAGGCCUGGACUAUGCUCGUCAGGAGGGCAUCGCUGCGCUGCAGAAGGAAUUAGCCGAGCUGAAGCUGCCGGACUUCUCGGGGUCCUUUAAAGUCAAGCUCUUAGGGAAAGUGCACUACACGUUCUACAGCCUGAACCUUCGCAGUUUCCAGCUGCCGAGUUCACAGAUUGCCCCGAUCCCCAACGUGGGCCUGAAAGUCUCCAUCGCCAACGCCUUUGCCCAGCUGACGGGGAAGUGGAGGGUGAAGAAGAGAUUUGUCAGGGACAGUGGGUCGUUUGACCUGAAGGUUGAGGGUAUCUCUAUCUCUGUUGGUCUGAAGCUGGGCAGCGACACCUCUGGGAGACCCACCGUUACCACCUCGGAGUGUGGAACCCACAUCUCCAAUGUUCGGGUGCACAUUUCGGGCAGGUUUGGCUGGCUGUACAAUCUCUUUCACAAGAAGAUUGAGUCCAGCUUCAGGAGGACAAUGGAAGGCAAGGUCUGUGGAGUGGUGACCAGCUCAGUCACCACCAAGCUGCAGCCCUAUCUCCAGACUGUGCCAGUCACAGCAAAGAUAGACAAGGUGGCUGGGAUUGAUUACUCCCUGGUUGCACCUCCCGUGGCAACAGCCCAGUCUCUGGACGUGAAUCUGAAGGGUGAAUUUUUUUCCCUGGCCCAUCGCUCUGCCAUCCCCUUUCCUCCUCCUGCACUGGCCCUCCCGGCGGAUCAUGACCGCAUGGUUUACUGCGGGGCCUCCAGUUACUUCUUCAACACAGCCGGCUUUGUGUACCACACGGCUGGGGCCCUGCUCUUCGAGAUCACUGACGCCAUGAUUCCUAAGGAGUUUAAAUUCCAUUUGAACACCUCCACCUUUUCAGCCUUCAUUCCCCAGCUGGAAAAGAUUUACCCAGACAAGCUGAUGAAGCUCAGGAUUAAAACCUCUUCUGCUCCAUUCCUGACCAUCACGCCUGGGAACUUGUCGCUUAUGCCUGUUGUGGAUAUCCAAGCAUACGUUAUCCUACCCAACUCCUCCCUCGUCCCUGUCUUCCUCCUCAGCGUGACCAGCAGCGUUUCAGCCAAGAUUAUGGUGACCUCUGCCCGGAUAGGUGGGACCCUGGAACUUGGCAGGCUGCAGCUGUCACUGAAGCACUCGGACGUCGGCCCUUUCUCCGUGCAGCUGCUGCAGGCGCUCAUGAACUUCUAUGGCUCCAGCAUCCUGAUCCCACGCAUCAACGCGAGACUGAAGGAGGGCUUCCCCCUCCCACUGCCGGCUCGCGUCCAGCUCUCCAACCUCGUCAUACAGCCCCGCCAGAACUUCCUGCUGUUUGGAGCAGACGUUCGUUACGUGUAGAGAGGCCGAGGCCGAGACGCUGAAAGAAAUGACUGAUAUGAAAAGACAAAACGUUCCUCUUUCCCCUGAGCAGCACCUGGCCUUGUGAAUGGAUAGCAGGCUCCCGCCUUUCCUCUUUGCCUGCGCCGCACCCAUCCUCAUGCCCAGAGAGGGCUCCAAAUUCCCUCCUUCCCCCUGCAAUUCACUGCUACCAAAGCUGUUUGUCCAGGAGUAAAAAACAUGUGAUUUGUCUCCAGAGAAAUUCCUCCCCUGCCUGUCUUGGUCUGGAUCACUGAGCACUGGAUAGACAGAGGAGCAGCAAGUGCAUUUGAACAAAAAGAAAAAACAAGCAAACGAGCUUCCCUUCCACAGCCUUUGAUUCUAGGAAACCGUUCUGGUAUGUGCUGCUCUCCAGCACACAAGAACCGAUCCAGCUCCAGGAAAGAUGCCCAUUGGCUGCACUGGGAGUUGGCCCAUGCCCUGAACCAGUCAAUUGAUUUAUUAACACACUUGGGGUGAAGUUCUGAUCCGCGUUAAUGAGCAGUUGUGGCCAUUGCCCUGCGCAGCAGACUGGUUGUGCCAGGUGGAGUGUGGCACGGGGAGAUGCUCACAAUAGAACCUGAGAAUGGGCACUCAGAAGGGACGUGUCCAUUGAUUGUGCAGAGCAAUUCACGGUGUUGCAGAGAGACCAGAAAUGAACAAAAGCCAGGGGGUGAGGCCUGAUUAGCAGGGAGCUGGGAGUCACAUGCACCAGGCCCCGGCUGUCAGUCUUCAUCUGAGUUCUGGCCCUAGUUUUGUUAAGUGUUGUGUGCAACUGAAAAUACCCACGCACCCUACCGGGACGUUAGCAUCUAAGCUGGGGGUUCCUCCACCUUUCCCCCGGUAGGCAGACAUUGUCUCAUGGCCCACUGCCCCGCACACUCCCGAUGCUGGGUCAGCUCUGGGGUAGCUAUGGCAAUUGCUUUCAUGGAUCAGUAACACGUGGCAGCAUUUCCUGUAUCUGCUGCUGUCUCUUUAACGCAGUGUAGCAGCUAGCAGUGAAGGGGGGCAGGGGAAGGAGAACCAGCACCAUGUGACCUGCCAGCUCGCUGCACAUUUUAUAAUGACGAGAAAACCCUGGAAAAAAGGCACAUUGGAAUUGUGGGUUCCUCAAAACAGGGCUCCCGGUCCCGCAUCUCCCCCGAUCCACUUUGCACUCUGACCAGCUGUAACCUAUUUAUUCACACUGCAGCGUGCUCCAGUGGAAAGUAUGUUAGAAAGAGGAACACGUUUUAUUGUGCUGUUGGCAAAUAAAACACUCUGAUAAAGGCAGACGUUGCGGAAGGUUUUUUCAUCUGUUUCUGUGGCCCCUCAGCA